CGGACAAAGAUGGCGGAGUUUGAUUUUGGGGAUAGUGAGCUGUUUCAGCAAUUGGAUGAAGACCGACCUACAAGCACGCAUAUUCGAUUUGAACAAGAUGAAGAGAACCCCGAGGAAGUCCUUGAGCUCCGAGAGAAGUUAGAAGAAUGCGAAGAAACGAUCAAUCGGCUGCAGUUAGAGAAUCAAGAUUUGAAGAGAAAAUUGAAUAUUUUGGCAAGCCCGAGUGGUUUAAAUGUGGAGGACAGUAAAUUGGAUGGACCACUCCUUCAAAUACUUUUUGCAAACAAUGAUGUCUCCAAGCAGUGUCGUCAAGAGAUUGAAGACUGCAUCUAUGGUCUUGUUCAGAAGCACAUGCAGCAGCAAAAGAAGGAAACGGAGAAGUCUUCCUUUCACAUCAGACCCCAGCCUUCAAGUUUUGUUUUGGAAGAAAAUCAUAAAGUGAAGAUUUCAGACCCGAUCAAAAAGAUCAAGGAAGCUUUCAGUGUGGUUGGGAGUGUGCUGUACUUCACCAGCUUCUGCCUGGACCGACUGGGCCAGCCCCUGCUGAACGAGAACCCUCAGCUGACUGACGGAUGGGAAGUUCCUAAAUACCAGCAGGUGUUCUGCCAGGUUGUUGCAGCAGAGGGACAAGACCUGCAAGUGAAGCAGAAGGACAGAAGACCAAAGCCUUCCUGCUUCAACUGUGGUGCGGAAGACCACCAGCUGAGAGACUGCCCGAAGCCCAAGGACAUGGUCCGUAUCAACGAGAAGAGGAAAGAGUUCUCUGGAGGCAGCAACCAGAGCAACCAGAGCAACCAGCGCUACCACGCAGAAGAAGUGGAGGAGCGGUUUGGUAAAUAUAAACCAGGAAUAGUGAGUGAGGAGCUGCUGGAGGCUCUGGGUGUGACCGAGCGCACCCUGCCCCCCUUUAUCUACCGCAUGCGGCAGUUGGGCUACCCGCCAGGCUGGCUGAAAGAGGCCGAGCUCGAGAGCUCGGGUCUGGCGCUCUACGACGGAAAGGUGUCGAGUGAUGGAGAAAUCCCUGAGGACGACAAUUUCCAGACUCUGAAAAUUUCGUACGACAUCUCCAAGCUGGUGAACUUCCCCGGAUUCAACGUUUCCACACCUACUGAUGUCACCGAUGAUUGGAGGUUAUAUGGGUCUGUCCCGAUACAACAAGAUCACAUGAAGAAGAACUUUGCUGCUUUCCUCUCCACUAAUUACCCAAUGCCUGAUUCCAACUGCAACAAACGGGCGCAUGAAUCUGAGUCGACCCCGAGGCACACUAAGAAGAGGCGGUCUGAUCCUAAUAACUCCAGGUGUUCGGACAUGGAGGUUGAUUCAGGCUCAGAGACCCCCCGGAGUUCUCGCAGCUCUGACAGCUUCCAGUUCCAGCCCCCUCUCCCCCCCGGCUCCCCCUCCUUCAGCUCUCCUCCCCCCCUCCCCCGUGGCACGCCCCCCGCCACGCCCACCCCGCCCCCGCUGCCCAAGGACACGCCCCCGUCCACACCGGCCAAUGGGUCGCCGGCGCUGCGGGGCGGGCGGGGCUGCGAGGAGGUGGGGGAGGAGGACACGCUGACUCUGGAGGAGCUGGAGGAGCAGCAGCGCCUCAUCUGGGCCGCGCUGGAGAAUGCCGACACCGCCACCAACAGCGACUCCGAGACCCCCGCCCUGGGCACGCCCCGCGUCAGCUCCUCCGGGGCCUCCACCCCCGCCCACAUCGACACCGAGACCGAGGUGGAGGAGGAGGAGGGGGAAGGGGAGGAGGAGGAAGGGGAGCAGGCCGACGGGACGAUGGAGGUGGAGGAAGGGAUGGAGAAAUCUGAGAGGUUGAAGGAGGAGGCGGUGGAGAAAUCGGAGAAGUCCGAGGUGAAGAUGGAGGUGGAGCAAUCUGGGACUGCUGACGAGGCUUCCUCCAGAAAUGGCCAAGAGACCCCGGCCGGGGAAGACCCGGCAGCUGCAGGUGGUUACGCCGACUCCACGGUGACGGUCGUGGGAGAGGACGCGGGCCAAUCGGAGCUGCCGCAGACAUCGGAGGGGGCGGAGACCCCCGGGCCCGUCAGCCAGGACGGGGGCGCCCUGGCCACCCCCGGAGAGGCUGGGAAGGUGGGCUCUGUUCCCCACCGGAGCAAGUUCGCCGCGGGCAUCAUCCCGUUUGAGGACACGCCCGAGUACAAGGACGUCGCCGAGGCGACCGGUGUCUACCUCCGCAUCCGAGACUUGCUGAAAUUCUCGCCUCGAAAUCAGGCCAAGAAUAAGAAAUAAACAGGGGAGUUGGACUCUGCAGGGCAUCCAGCGAGCUGUCGUGCACAACAAACAAAAUGUGUUUCUUUUAAACGAGCUUGUUGCUUCAAAACACUUUUUUAAUUAGUCUCUCACACAGAGCAAAUUGGAGAUAACGCCUGGAAAUUCAGUCCUUUGUAAAAUCAUUUUUAAUUUUUUUUUUUUUCUUUUUUUUUUUUGGUAUAAAACCUUUUUUUCUUUUUUUUUUUCUGUGUACAGGAUAGCCGUUUUGUGGUUGGUUUGUAAGAAAUGUCGAAGGUUUCUAAAAUUGUGAAGAUUUCUUUCAGAACCUCACAGUGACAAGUGGUGCUUGUUUUGUCUUUAUUACACAGAAAAAGAUGGGAAUUUUGUAGAGUAUCAUUGGUGUUUUAGAUGUUUUGAUUUUUAAAGGGUUUCCCACCCCCCCCCUUUUUUUCUUUUCUUUUUUCUCCAUGAUUUUCUAUUUUCAGGGAUUUUUAUGAUGUGGUCCAUCAGGUCUUUCUAUGUCAUUUUCAGAUGGCACUUUGAGAAUGUAUUUUAAAUAUGUGCAUUCAUUCCACAAUUCUUUUUAAAAUUGAAUGCAACAAAGUUAAUACAAAUGGGAUUUUUUUUACUUCAACAGUCAGUGUAUUUCUGAAAUAUGGCUCCACCUCAUCAUUCUGUCUGCACAGCUAUUAACAUUGAACUACAUGACAAUAACUAACGAAUGGGGACUGAGAAGGUUCACAUUACAAUUGCAAUUACUUCCCGUUGACACUAGGGGGCAGAAAAUGGCUCUGCAGGAAAUGAAUGCAAACAAUUUCUCAUCAAUUCUUUUUAAACCUGUCUUUCUCAGUUGAAGAGUAUUAGACAUCCCACACCCAAUGAAUUUAAGAAGGGAUGUUUUAACUUCGAAGUGUAAGUUUUAACAUAUCUGCUUUUGUCAUUGUGAAUCCCUAGAAUUAAAAUGACAAAUUGUAGGAUGGAGUGGCUAAAA